AUGGAGUAUCCUUCCUUCAGCGGUAUGCAGGAUGACUCGGUGUUUGAUAUGACCUACCUGCUGCCACCCUCUCCAAAGCCUACUUGCGCAGCCACGCAGGGGGAUCGAGACUCCUCGCCGGACAGCUCACCGCGACACUUGGAGGAGCAGGAGGAAGAAUUGAGAAAAGAGGAGCAGCGUAUCCGGGAUGCGCGUCGUCGCGCCGGUGACAAGUCGGAUUUGCGGGGUUGUAGAAUGGUCGUUAUGGAUAAUCGGUUUGCCCCCAAAAAGGCCGUGGCGCCUGAGCGGCCCUCUAGCGUUCAAGUGCAAAGAGAAAAGGCACAGGAGAGGGAAAACGAAGAACGAUGUGCUCGGGUGCAGGCAUUCCUGGAGCAGCGUCGGAGGGGGCAGGCACGCGGCGAAGAGGUGAAGCAGGGUCGAACAGAGGAGGGGGAGGAGAAGGGUGAGCGGCCGGCGAAGUUGCCCAAGCGGUCUUCCACCCCUCAAACAGGGCAGGAAAGGGCACCAACAGAGCGCGCAAACCCCACGCAACUUCACUAUCGGAGGUGGAAAUACACGACAAAAGGUCCCAUGCAGCAGUCUGUAGCGGCGCCUUGCCUCGAAAGCGUUUCUGCUGAGGCAAAACCUCCCCGGGAGGCUCCGCAAGUCUCAGGCCCCUGCGAGCCGCAGAACGUGAGGAGUGGGAACCAGGUCCACUCGCUAGUUAUAGUUCACAAGGAACGGGAGGAUGCGAAGAAGCCGGCAAAAAUAAAAGUGCUUGGAGAAGCGAAACUGGAGAUCCAUCAAGACCGUGAACCGCCCCUUUUUUUGAGGUUGAUGAAUGCUUAG